ACAGGCGUGACGUCAGCAGAAUUGUACCGUUUUGGAUUUUCUGCUUCUCCAGCGGACAGCUCCGAAUUUAAAAGUUUAGUCGACGUUAUUCCUGUCAAAAGUGAAGAUGGAGUUUCCCAAUCUCGGUCAGAAUUGCCAUGAAUCAACAUGUAAUCAAUUGGAUUUUCUCCCAAUGAAAUGUGAUUCCUGCUCAAAUAUUUUCUGCAAGGACCACAUUAGGUAUGACCAGCAUAAGUGUGCAGCGGGUUUUAGGAAGGAUGUUCAAGUCCCGGUGUGCCCUCUGUGUAAUAAGCCUGUACCAGUGAAGCGAGGGGAAGCCCCUGAUAUAGGCGUGUCCGAUCAUAUAGACCGUGAGUGCCAGUCUGACCCUGCUGUCAAGAAGAGAAAGGUCUAUUCCAACCGGUGUACCAAGAAAGGAUGCAAGCAAAGAGAACUUGUUCCAGUUUUAUGUUCCUCCUGUCAUAAGAACUUCUGUUUGAAGCAUCGGCAUACUGUGGACCAUGAUUGUCAAGGCUUCCAAAACUCAGGCAAAAGUGUAUCGAAACAAGGGGCAGCUGCAAUAGAUAGGCAACAAGUCAAUAAUAGACCAGCGCCUUCAUCAUCAUCUUCUUCUAGGAAUAGGCCUCAGCAAACCUCUUUGACUGCACUGGGAAGAGAUCUUGACAGAGAGAGGAGAGAGAGAAUGUUAGCAGGAAGACAACGUGGUGUAGAUAGUACAAUGCAAGCAGGCAUGUCAGAGGACGAGGCAAUGGCUAGGGCCAUCCAGAUGUCAUUAGCAGAAGAGAACCAAUCGUCCAAGCCAGCAAGGCCACCUGUGAAUCCAAGGUCACUACAGCAGGAGGAUGAAGACCUUGCACUAGCCAGGGCACUGGCUGCCAGCGAGGAGGAAGAGAGGAAUCGUCGCAGGCGGCAGGAGGUCUAUUAAUUCUGCUCAAUAAUGUUGAUUCUGUUCCAUACAGCAACGGCAAGAGUCUGAAAGUGAUUCUAAGUGUUCUCUCUCCUGAUUGGUCAACUGGCCACUCCUCCCAACUGAAAGGACCAAUCUGCAUUGCUAGUAGGCUUGGUGCCUAAUCCAGUCAUGACAGCUAGGCUAUUCUCUCAUCAGUGAAGACAGAUCUCAGCUCAUGACAGAUGCUAACGCUGGGAACAUCUUUCUUUGCCAGUUCAUGCAUGGAGCAAUAUGUUAAGGGUUGCAUGAUUGAACUUUGAAAUAUUCCAACAUUGAAACUUCCUGACGAUGAUAUGUGGGAAAUUUGGGUCAUAUUGUCAAGUUAUAUUUUAUUAUUGUCAAAAGCUGAGGUUUGAAAUGAGAGAAGAAACUGCCUUAAAAUUCUAUAAAACCUACCCCCCAUCACCCAAUCCAACUCACCAGCGUCAAAGGGAAAUGGUCAGAAUGCAUAAUCAAUCUCAACCAAUUGCCCACCCCCACGUCCUAUCCUCAUCUCAUUGCUUUAUACAGUGUGUAUGAAAAACAUGAAUUAUACUCUAGAAAAUCUGCCAUAAUUAUAUUUUAAUUUGAACAAGACAUUUCAAAGUUGAUAGAUGCUUUUAAAUCUCUUCUGUCACAUACCAAAACGAAAAAAAAUAUAUAUACAUAUAUAUAUACUCACUCAUUCAUACGUGAGUGAACACAAUAUGAUAUUGGCCAGUGUCGUGUACACAAAUUAGACAUCUGAAUUGAUAACUUUCAAUUAUUAGAAAUGUUAAUUUGCAUUCACCUAAAGUUAUGUGUCAGUAUGUUAUCCAGAUUAUAAGCGUUUUUUCUUUUGCUUAGUUGAGAAUUACCUGAAGAUCUUGCUGGAUAUCCAUGAAUUGGAAAGCAAAUAAUGAAUUGAAGUUCAACUGAAUUGUCAUUCUUUCUCUUGUUCAAUGGUUCUAUAACACAAGACAUAACUAUGGUAUCUUUGAGUACCCCCCCCCCCCCCUCUUGAUGGUAUAAUAAGUAUCUCUUGUAAACUUUGAAGUGACAACAACAAAAUUAUGGAUGUUUUUAUGAGAACACUAAGACUGUCAUUUUAAAAUUGGCAAUUCAGUAAUUAAUUUAACAAGUGGUAGAGACAACUAUCCCAUAGGUUGUGUGAUCUUCUCAUAAGUACCUAUUCCGCUGAGCAGUAAUCAAAAUAUAACACAGGAGGCAUAUUGUUUAUGUCUUCAGACAGAUAUGUACCAUAUGAAGUUCAGCUUUUGAAGAAAUAACAUUUCAGCCAUUCUCUGACUUAAAACAAGUGGAAGAGUAGUCCCCACCCUACAUCACUAUGACAGUACCAAUGUGGCCAACUUGAAGUCUCCAUACGUACAAGUGCUUACAAAUUUGUAUAACUUUAAAAAUCAUAUCUUUCAUAUUUCUUGUCCGAUAUUGUUCAAACUUUCACCUACUUCUCUGAUUUGUAUUCCUCCUCUAAAAACCUUUUUUGGGUAUGAUUCCCUUUAAAAGGCCUUGGGAAUGUUUAUAUUGUCGUGGUAUUAUGUCUUUUUAAAUGUGUUAUUAAAAAAGAUGUGCAGGAUCAGAGUUAAUGACUUUGACAACAUCAGUGUAAAAUUAAGUAUGAAAUUAUUCAUUGUCUCACCUGCAUAGAAUAAGUAAGGCUUGGGCAUUACUUUUCUGAUGGUGGCAGCAUUAUCAAAUUGCAGGCCUUGAAUGUCAUUACAUAUAUUUUAAUGGCAAAGCCACUUUUCUAUUUCUUUAUUCCAGCUAAAAGGAAAAAUUAAAAGGGGCAAUGAAAAUUGCAAGGCCAUUUAGGGCACAUUCAGCUGAUAGAUAGGGUAUCAAUGACCAUGACCUUUUAUAGUGAUCUUGGAUUAUUGCAUUUUAUGGUCAUAAGUUAAAAAGAUUUAUUUACAUUUUCAUUGUAAAAAAUCACACACUUUUGCAACAUAUUACAUAAUGCAGCCAGGUGAGACUGAAAUGUAUGUGUAUGUCUUGCUUGUGCUAUUUGCCUAUCCCAUCAUGAUAUGAAUACAAACUUCACAAUGAUUCCAUUGAAAACCUGCUUUUUACCAGUGUACAAAGAUCUUUAACUUGUAGUUAAUUGGACAUAGUUUAAUACAGCAUGUGAAUGCACUACUAGUAAAUCUUUAAUGAAUGCAUGAGUAAAUCAAACAUGGCAUGUAGAAGUAUUAAUUGUAGUUUAUGAAUAAGUAUUAAUUGUAGUUUAUGAAUAAUCAACCAGGAGUUUCAUUUUUCUAACUUUUGAUUCCCCCUCCCCAUGGUUUCAGUUGUUAUUAGCCCAUAUUCUGAAGAUGUGGCUAAAUUAUGGCAAGCCAAACAUGUAAAAAUUGUUUACUGUUGUUUAAUUUGCUCAUUAUUAAAUUGCGGAAGAUAUGAUAUGAACAAUGAAUUGAGCACCAAAUGUGCUGACAAAUGUGACCUACCACCCCCAAACCACCAAUAAGUUGCCAGGUAAGGUUCUCUGUCUAUAGCCAAAAUAGUAAUUUUAUCUCCAAAAUCCAAAAAAAAAAUAAAAAAUUAGUGACCUACCACUCCAAACCCACCAAUAAGUUGCCAGGUAAGGUUCUCUGUAAAUAGCCAAAAUAGUAAUUUAGUCUCCGAAAACCAAAAAUUAAAAAAUAGCUUAUCUGAAAGAGCAAUUCUUCUUCAUACUGUAAAAUUUUGAAGUUGUGAAGUUGAAUAAAAGAAAAGAUACAAGAGUUUCUUCUUUUUCAGACUGCUUGGAAGUUUCACUGAGAUAACACAGUAUGCACAUCUCAUGCUUGAGUGAACCCUAAACUUCAAACCUUGUUUUCUCCUUAUUUUUUAAGCUCUUGCUGAAUUUCCUCUCAUUCAAUCAAGUACUUGUAAUGGUUAUUGUUGGUCAAUUUUAACAUAGUAUAUGUCAUUUUAAAGCUUAGGAAAUAACUUUUCAAGCUCAAUAAAAAUCUCAAUAUUCAUUUUGGUCGACCUAUUGUUGGUUUUGGAGUGGCAGGUCACAAAUUGAACUGCUUCUGCAAGAGAAUUGUGUCACAGACAGCUUUCCAUAGUUUAACCACAAUUUUAGACCAUAGUUUAGAUCCCCUCAUCCCCCUCCCCGACCUAGUUCAAAAUAUGGGCCAAGUUCUCUUAUUUUCGUCAGGUGUCAUCAUCAUCCUUAUUCCAUCCUGUGCUGUUGACUCAAAUUUCUGAGUUAUUUUUUUGUGUGGGAGUGGAGGGACAUACUUUUUAAUGAGAACUUUUUUUUCCCAUGUUCUUUCAAUAAAUUGUAAAUUAUUGCUACCAUUUAAAGAAAUUAUUAUAUUCGAUCAAUUUUUUUUAAAUGCAUAUGGAUUUUGAAAGUUUUUCCUUUCUCAAUGAUGCAAAUGAUCGUAUAUUAUUGAAAUGAUAUUGGUGGUAUAGAUGGUUUUUAAUAAUCAUCUACAAGCAAAAUUUCAUGCUUUUGCAAUAUACAGUUAUUUAUAUGAAGAAAAAAGAUCUAUACAUGUACUUGUUAUCAUAUUUAAUAAAGCAAAGAAAAAUGUAAAUUCAGUGUUGUCACCCAUUAUGUUUAUUUAUGACAAUAUGCCACUGUCUAUUAAAGAUGAGCAUUAUACAGGUAAAUUUUCAUUA